UGUAGUUGAUGGGUGAAGUUGAAUUGUCCGUGUUAUAUGCUUACGCAUAUUUUAAGUCUCGGACAUUGCAUAUAUUGUGGUGCGUUUGCUUUAUUACAAUGUAUUCUUUUCCUUUGGGUUCACGGGCCUUGUAUUUUAUAAGUUUUCUGUCUGGUUUAAAAUCUUCUGUAACACCUAAUUCAAUGAGCUUUUGAUUGAAUAUCAUUCUUAUCUCACUGAACAGAAUAGCGGAGGAAUGUUAUAUCCUGAGCUCAUCAUCACUACUUGUUUACCAAAUAUAAGUAGUGAAAGAGAGAUGUCCAGCUGACUCUAAAGUGAAGAAACCAGAAAUCAGCUUCUUAUUUCCAACUGUUAAUCUUACAAUGUAUCCCAACCAAGCCUUUUCUUCGGGGUCCUAUGCAGAGAUGUUGUCCGGGAGUUCUCUGUUACCUCAUAACUAUAGCGAAUCUGUAGGAGGACAAAAUGAGGUGAAGUUUUUCACAGCAAUGGGUGACACAGUGACUAUGCAGUCUAUUGAUGGGCAUUCCAAUACUGCAACUGGUGAUCCAGCGUGCAACUCUUUUGCUGGAGAUUCCCAUGUUGUUGCAAGGACACAAAUGGGAAUUGUAGAUAAUGAGCAAAAUAUACAGUGUCAGGGCUUAUCUCUUAGUCUCGGGACCCUCAUGCCUUCUACUGCAUCUGUCCCUUCGUUUCAAUACCAGUAUCCCGACCCUGGUCUUAUAUCGAUAAUGAGAAGUGCUGAAUGCAUGGCAUCUGCGUCUUCUGGAGGCUUUCAUGACAUUAUCAAAAAGGAGGGUUUUUACAACCCGCACCCCUCAAUCAGUCUUAAAGAAAUCCACUCUGAUCCAUGCCUGCAAGGAUCAACAGGUUUUUCAAAUAGUGUCCUUAACUCCCAAUACCUUAAGGCGGUACAGGAGUUACUUGAUGAAAUAGUUAAUGUCCGAAAGGCUUUUAAGCAACAUGGCAUGGAAAAACAAGAUAACUUGCGUGACAUUGGAUUAGAUGGCUCCAAAGAUUCUGAUGGAAAAUCUACCAGUCAAUCUAUGCAAAUAUCUUCAGGCCCUAAUGGUUCUACUGGCAAUCCUUCUUGUGAACUAUCAGCUGGAGAACGGCAGAAUUUGUUGGACAAGAAGACAAAGCUUUUGUCCAUGUUGGAUGAGGUUGAUAAAAGAUACAGACAGUAUUGCCAUCAGAUGCAGAUUGUGGUGUCAUCUUUCGAUAUGGUUGCUGGGUGUGGAGCAGCAGAACCAUAUACUACACUUGCUUUGCGAACAAUUUCUCGCCACUUUCGCUGUUUGCGUGAUGCUAUCAGUGGCCAAAUUCAAGUGGCACAAAGGGGACUUGGGGAACAAGAGGGAAUACCCCGUCUUCGCUAUGUGGAUCAGCAGCUUAGACAGCAAAAGGCCCUUCAACAACUUGGUGUAAUGCGACAAGCUUGGAGGCCUCAGAGGGGACUUCCUGAAAGCUCUGUUUCAAUACUCCGUGCUUGGCUCUUUGAGCAUUUUCUUCAUCCUUACCCCAAGGAUUCAGAGAAAAUUAUGCUAGCGAGACAAACAGGCUUGACCAGGAACCAGGUGGCAAAUUGGUUCAUCAAUGCACGGGUGCGUCUUUGGAAGCCAAUGGUUGAGGAAAUGUACAAAGAAGAGUUUGGUGAAUCGGAGAUGAACUGCAAUCUUUCUUCUGAAAAUAUGAUCAUAGGUAAAAGAGAUGAUGUUCAAGCGUCUGAUAAUAAAUGGGAAGAGUCACAGGAGAAUUUAAUAACUGUUGAUAGUGUCCAACCGGGGCAACUUCAUGGGUUGAAGUCAGAACAUGCCUCCUCCACUACUGAAUUGGACAGAGAAAAUGUGACGGAUUCUGGAACAAGGAAAUUGCAGGGUAACCAAAGGUUUAGCAUGAACAAUGAUCUUUAUUCGAGCGAACCUAUGCCAAACAACCAGAACGGUGAUGGCAGCCUAAUAAUGACUUCUACUCCUGUUACAUAUGAUAUAUCAGAGUUGGGUAACAUUACUGUGGGUGGCCACGUCUCACUUGCAUUGGAAUUGAGGAACUGUGAAAGCGAUGGAUUUACCAUGUCCGAUGAUGCCAUACAUAAAAGACGUAAUCAGACAUUGGCUUCUUCCCCAGAGACUGAUUUGCUAGAUUAUCAUUUCACAGAUUCAGGAAAGCAACAACACAGGAUUGGAAAUCCUCAUCUUUUGCAUGAGUUUGUCGUAUGAAAUCUAGCAAAAAUAUUUGAUGAUUUUAAGGGAUCUCUGCUGCAAAAGGUGUACCACCAUAUAUAAAGCGGAAAGAGAAAGCCUAUGCUGCUACUUUCUUUGUUCAUUCUUGUUGCCCAUUAUUGUUCAUAAAGUUACGUAAAUUACAAACCGUACAAAAUAUACAGGUAGAUAUGUGUAGAUAUUCGCUUGUAAUAAUUUUACAGAUGAUUGGUUGUAUGUGCAGGUAAUUUUUGUUAGGAUAAAGAACACAUCUUUGUGCAUUAUGUUGAAUAAGGGAAUCUUGUUUUAAAAUAAAAA